GCCAGCUCCAUGGGCACCUCCGUCGCCGUCGCGGUGGCCGUCGCCGCCACCGCCGGCCUCCUCCUCGGGCGGGUCGCCCACGCCGAGAUCAAGACCACGUCCAUCGUGUCGGACCCCAGGCUUAUCAUCCUCUUCGAGCAGUUCGGCUUCGUGAGCGGCGGCAGGGCCACGGUCUCCAUAAGCCGCGCGGCGUGGCAGCUCCGGCGGGGGUCGCGCCUCAAGAGCGUCGACCCCAACCUCAUGGGGUUCGUGCUCGUCUCCGGCGCCCAGUUCCCCAAGGUCAACAACCAGACCGAGUACGCCGCCGCCGACCCGCCUGGAGGCGGCGGCGGCGGGUUCUGCGUGCUGACGAGCGACUACGCGCUCCCGGUGCUCCGGCUCAACGACGUCGCGCCGGGAGGGGCCAGCACCACGGUGACCAUCGACGACCCCGACGAGUACGCCGUCGUGUUCAGCAACUGCCAGGACGGCGUGGAGGUCACCAUGGACGUGCGCACCGAGAUGUACAACGUGCGCCGCGACGCCUCCGGCGGGAUCAGGGACUACCUCCCGGUGGGGCUGCAGCCGCUGCCGGCCAUCUACGCGGGCGUGUCGGCGGUGUACCUCGCGUUCCUCGCGGGCUGGGUGUGGACGUGCUGCCGGCAGCGCGCCACCGCGGAGCGGAUCCACGCCGUGAUGGGCGCGCUGCUGCUGUUCAAGGCGCUCAAGACGGCGUGCGCCGCCGAGGACGCGUGGUUCGUCGAGCGCACGGGCACGCCGCACGGCUGGGACGUCGCCUUCUACGUCUUCGGCUUCUUCAAGGGCAUCCUGCUCUUCACCGUCAUCGUCCUCGUCGGCACCGGCUGGUCCUUCCUCAAGCCCUACCUCCAGGAGCGCGAGAAGAGCGUGCUCAUGGUCGUGAUCCCGCUGCAAGUGAUCGAGAACCUGGUGCUGGUGGUGAUCGGCGAGACGGGGCCGACGGGGAAGGACUGGAUCGUGUGGAACCAGGUGUUCCUGCUGAUCGACGUCAUCUGCUGCUGCGCCGUCUUCUUCCCCAUCAUCUGGUCCAUCCGCGGCCUGCGCGAGGCCUCCAAGACCGACGGCAAGGCGGCGCGCAACCUCCGGAAGCUCACGCUCUUCAAGCGCUUCUACCUCGUCGUCGUCGGCUACCUCUACUUCACCCGGAUCAUCGUGUCGGCGUUCCUCGCAGUGCUCAACUACAAGUACCAGUGGGGCGUCAACGUCGCCGUGGAGGGCGCGAGCUUCGCCUUCUACCUCUUCGUGUUCUACAACUUCAAGCCGGUGGAGAAGAACCCGUACCUGUACAUCGCCGACGAGGAGGAGGAGGCCGCCGGCGGGGAGCUCGAGAUGGACGAUGGAGCUUUCUGA